AUGCACAAAAAUAGUAUCGUUGGACUUGUUGGACAUAAUAAAGUUAUAAAAGUGCAUUACAAUCAAAUGGAAGGAAAUAUGACAACUGGAAAUAAGAAUAAAAAUAUUGGAAUCAGAAAAGGAUAUGCCAGAUUUAAGAAAGGUAAAUGA